GAAACAACGGAAGUGAGUGAGUGAGAAAGAGAGAGAGAGAGAAAAACAGAUAGAGCGAUAUCUGAGCGUGUGUGUGUGUGUGUGUGUGUGUGUGUGUAUGUGUAUGUGUGCGUGUUGAGUCAAUCAGUUUCCGAAAAAGGGCGUCCUCCUCACUGCUUUCUCUCAUGUUUGUCUACCCGGAGGAAGGGGCGGUCUCAGCGCCGCAGCAGAUCCGGAAUUAGAAGGUGCUCGCUCGGCUUGGCUCGACUCGGUCGUUCGGUGGGCUCCGCGGGCGGUUCGGUUCCACAGGAGAGGCAGAGGAAACAGAACUAGCUUAAAAGCAUUUUCAAGAAAAGAAACAGAGGGACGGGAAGAGAGAAGCCGGGUGGACUGAAAGUGUCGACCGAGGCAGGGACGACGAACCGGGGCAGAAAAGAGGACUAAAAAAAAGAAGAAAGAAAAGUAGCAGAAGAAGGAGGAAAAGAUGCCUCUGGCUCAGUUGGCGGAUCCCUGGCAGAAGAUGCCUCUGGGGGGGACGGUCGGAGAGGACGCACAACAAGAUCCUGAGGACUCUGUGGGCGAUGACGACUCCAUGCCUGCCUGCACCGAUGACGUGCCAAUCAAGGAGAUCAGCAUCACUCAUCACGUGAAGGAGGGAUCAGAGAAGGCCGACCCACGACAAUUCGAGCUCCGCAAAGUCCUGGGACAAGGCUCGUUCGGCAAGGUGUUUCUGGUGAGGAAGAUCACAGGGCCAGAUGCGGGUCAACUAUACGCCAUGAAGGUCCUGAAGAAAGCCACACUGAAAGUGCGUGACCGGGUCAGGACAAAGAUGGAGAGAGACAUCCUGGUGGAGGUCAACCAUCCCUUCAUCGUCAAACUGCACUACGCGUUUCAGACGGAGGGGAAGCUCUACCUGAUCCUGGACUUCCUCAGAGGAGGAGAUCUUUUCACACGUCUCUCUAAGGAGGUGAUGUUCACAGAGGAGGACGUCAAGUUUUACCUGGCAGAGCUAGCACUAGCCCUCGAUCACCUUCACGGCCUGGGCAUCAUUUACAGAGACCUCAAACCAGAGAACAUUCUGCUCGAUGAGGAGGGACACAUCAAGCUGACUGACUUUGGCCUCAGUAAGGAGUCAAUAGACCACGAGAACAAGGCCUACUCCUUCUGUGGGACGGUGGAGUACAUGGCUCCCGAGGUGGUGAACAGGCGAGGACACACCCACAGCGCCGACUGGUGGUCGUAUGGUGUGCUCAUGUUCGAGAUGCUGACGGGAACGCUGCCGUUUCAAGGCAAAGACCGGAAAGAGACGAUGACCAUGAUCCUCAAGGCCAAGUUGGGAAUGCCACAGUUUUUGAGUUCAGAAGCUCAGAGUCUCCUCAGGAACCUUUUCAAACGCAACCCUGCCAACAGAUUAGGAGCUGGACCAGACGGUGUGGAGGAGAUCAAGAGGCAUCAGUUCUUCAGCACUAUCGACUGGAACAAACUCUUCCGCAGAGAGAUCCCCCCUCCAUUCAAACCAGCUGCAGGACGACCUGAUGACACUUUCUAUUUUGAUCCAGAGUUCACAGCUAAAACACCCAGAGACUCUCCAGGGGUUCCUCCCAGUGCCAACGCCCAUCAGCUAUUCAGGGGAUUCAGUUUUGUGGCCAUAACAGAAGAGGACACACAACCAUUACCCAGUACUAUUGUACAGCAGCUGCACAGAAGCACAUCCCAGUUCUCAGAUGCCUAUGAGAUCAAAGAGGACAUCGGUGUCGGAUCUUACUCCAUCUGUAAGCGCUGCAUACACAAAGGAACUGGCAUGGAGUACGCAGUUAAGAUCAUCAACAAGUCCAAGAGAGACCCGACGGAAGAGGUGGAGAUCCUGCUGAGAUAUGGACAACAUCCCAACAUCAUCACCCUCAAAGACGUGUAUGACGACGGCCGGUCAGUGUUCUUGGUGACAGAGCUGAUGAAAGGAGGUGAGCUGCUGGACAAAAUCCUCCGUCAGAAGUUUUUCUCUGAGAGAGAAGCCAGCGCAGUUCUCUACACCAUCACCAAGACGGUGGAGUACCUGCAUGUACAGGGGGUGGUGCACAGAGACCUGAAGCCCAGUAACAUCCUCUAUGUGGAUGAGAGCGGGAAUGCCGAGUCCAUCAGGAUCUGCGACUUUGGUUUCGCCAAACAGCUGAGAGCAGAGAACGGUCUGCUCAUGACACCGUGUUACACCGCCAACUUUGUUGCACCUGAGGUGUUGAAGAAGCAGGGUUACGAUGCAGCAUGUGACAUCUGGAGUCUUGGAGUCCUGCUCUACACAAUGCUAACAGGUUUUACUCCCUUUGCUAACGGUCCAGAGGACACGCCGGAGGAGAUUUUAGCUCGCAUCGGCAGCGGGAAGUUCUCGCUCAGUGGAGGAUACUGGAACUCUGUCUCUGCUGAGGCUAAGGACCUGGUAUCCAAGAUGCUGCAUGUCGACCCUCACCGGCGGCUGACAGCGGGUCAGGUGCUCCGACAUCCCUGGGUGACACACCGAGACCAGCUGCCCAAAUACACCCUCAACAGACAGGACGCACCGCAACGGGUCAAGGGUGCGAUGGCAGCCACCUACUCGGCCCUCAACAGGAACGUCCCCCCAGUGCUGGAGCCAGUGGGCUGCUCCACUCUGGCCCAGCGGAGGGGGAUGAAGAAGAUCACCUCCACCGCUCUGUGACCUUUAACCUCCAUCACUUCCUCCCCUCAACUCUGACCUCGAUCUGACCUCUGCCGGACCCUCCUCUUCCUCUUCUCCUCUUCCUUCUCUCUCUGCUCCGGUCAGGAGGGACAGACUACUGAUGGACCCAGGAACUGCUAACGCCAAAUAGGAACACACCGCCCUGCCCCUGCCCACUGUCCUGCAACAUAACAAACUCCUCUGACUGGCUGGUUGUUUCUCAGCUUCAGCAUCACUGAUCGACAGCCGGACUGUGCUGUCAGGAAAACCUGUUCCUGUCUUUGCUUCGGACAAUCAGCGCCGCCUCGUAGACCCGGACACCGAGCGCGCUUCAGGAAAAUAAAAGUACUGUAUUUAUUUACUUUAAAUGGGGAAAUCUGAACAUAGGAACGUGGUAAUCUAAUGUAUGCAUUUAAAGAGCUAGGAUUAUUGCUAUUAUACUGUCGUCAUGGUUCUGUGUAGCUGUUGAUCCUGUAUUUAAACCUCAAGUAGCCUCUGAGAUCACGGCGUCUACAGAGAAGGACAGAAGAAGUGAAUCAAUGUUUGAGUUCAGAGUAGCCGCCGCCUCAAAAAUCCAGAUUUAGGAAAGGGGAAUUCUGACAACAACAGAGGUAUUUACUCAUAUUUACGCUCUGACUUGAUGAUUUUAGGUAUGAGACUCUCUGUAAUUCAGUAUUUUACCUUCAGAAGAACAAAAAUCUAAAUAUUGCAUCUCAACCUUCAGUUUUUUUUAAUUUUUAAAGUGAAACAGUUUGCUUAUAAAUGUGUCACUUAAUUUUGGGAAUGCAGUCAAGCUUUUGACCUGAGGUUUUACAUAAACUUAAAGGAAAAGGCUGACAAUAUUCAUGGGAUUUGAUGACAGGAAGAAAAAUAUCACCAGGUUUAUCUUUUUAAAAACCCUGAAGUGGAUGGAUUCCUCCCUGAGAUAUACAGGACUUUCACCUUCUGUGUGAGAGAAAAUCCACAUAACUCAUUAUGUACAUAACUUGUUUCUCACCUGUUCACUCUCUUCAAAACUAGUCAGAAAAUGAUAAUCUGAGUAAUAAAUGAGGAGGAAAAAAAGAUUCUGCCUUUAUGAUAUAUUAUUGUUUGUUUUAAAGCUGCACAAGGGAACUUUGCAUUAUUGGCGCCCACUGGUGGCAAAACAAGGGUUGAAAUAUGAAGCACUUUUGUAAAAUUAUGCAAAGUGAAAGAGUAAGCUGCACACUCUGGACUGACUGUGCUCUUUCAUUUAACUCAUUAUUAUUAUUGACUUUAGUUGUUCUUUUAUCUCAGACAUGUCAGGAUGUUACAUACCUUGACAUGUUUUGGCAGAAACUUCCGCCUUCCUCAGAAGUGUCAC